AAACGCGGCAGGGUGUCGGCCUGCUUUUGCCCAGCCUGUUGCAAAGCCUCUGCCGAUUCUGGAGGAGUUUGCAUCCCACCCCGCACCGCCAGGUGGCGUGGCUGCUCACUCUGAUUAAAACCCAUUUCCACCAGUCCGGCCCAACCAGCGGCAGCUUGAGUGCUGGAGCGAUAAAACAUGGCCGGCAGCGCAACACAAAGCGAAACAACCGCGGACGAAAAGGACGAGAUUCGUUAUUUACGGGAACUAGUGGAUGCGUUGUAUCAUUUCCGGGACCAUUAUUUUGAGACACACAGCGUAGAGGAGGCUAACAGGAAGCAGAGCGAUGUGGCAGCAGAGAUGGAGAAGACCUUGCGCCGCCUGGAGGAGAUGGAAGGCAGCUGCACAGACAAAGUGGUGUUCCUGCUCCUGAAGGGAAGGACCCUGAACGUGGGGCCGGAGUUUAGCAGCCAGGCCGAGGACGCUCUCUCCAGGGCCGUCAAACUGGACCCCACUCUGGUGGAGGCCUGGAACCAGCUGGGAGAGGUGUACUGGAAGAAGGGGGACGUGAGCGCGGCACGGACCUGCUUCUCAGGGGCUCAGAACCACUGUAAGAACAAGGUGUCCCUGAGAAAUCUCUCCAUGGUUUUGAGACAGAUCCAGACUCCAAAUGAGGAUAAUUCCAAAAACGUGUUUGAGAGCGUCAGCAAGGCCAAGCAGGCGGUGCAGCUGGACAUCACGGACGGGACGUCCUGGUAUAUCCUCGGCAAUGCUUACCUCUCUCUGUUUUUCUCAACUGGGCAGGAUCCUAAAAUAUCACAGCUAGCUCUAAGUGCAUAUGCUCAAGCGGAGAAGAUGGACAGCACAGCCAGUUCGAACCCUGAUCUUCAUUUCAACAGGGCUACGCUGUAUAAGUUCGAGGACCAGUUUGCAGAGGCUUUACACGGUUUCUCUAGAGCUGCAGCUCUCGACCCAGCCUGGACAGAACCACCAGAGAGGGAGAGACAGCUGCUAGACUACCUGGACAGACUGACUGCACUCAUCAGCAACAAGGGCAAGGUGAAGGUGAAGCGGCUGCAAAGCAUGCUGGGAUCACUGCGGCUGACGGAUCUGAGGGCGUGCUGUGACGGGCAGUACCAGAACAGCGCAGGCCAACGGGUCAAAUUGGACCGGCAGCAGCUGGCCUCCCUCAAAGAAGGGGUGAACACGGGCAGCGCAGUACUGGGCAGAGUGGUGUUCAGCAUCACCCCUGAGGAGAAGGUGCCAUUCACAUUUGGUCUGGUGGACACUGAAGGCACAUGCUGUGCUGUGAUGGUGUACAACAUGGCUGAGAGCUGGGGAGCACUGAUAGGAGACUCAGUAGCGAUUCCAGAGCCCAACGUCAAACUACACAACCUCACACACAAGGGCAAGACCUAUGCAUUCCAGAGUAUUCGGGUGUAUUCCCCGCUGUUGCUGAUUAUAAAUGGAAAGAAACAAGGACCAAACUGCCUCGCCUCCGCCACUGUGACAUACAAGCCUCAGAGCGACUGAGGACAAGAAGAAAAAUAGGGGGAGAGCAGGGAAAAGGAGGAGUGGAGACCAGAGACCCAGCCAAACCUUGCACAUUGGCACAGAAACAGAAUGGAGAACCAUAUUUUCUUUCUUUAUAUAUAUAAGCUCAUCCCUAGCGUGAAACACAGAUAAGAUGCAUCCGGUGCUUUCAAAAGAAGCUAUAAUAAAAUGCCACUUGAUUACAACAGAAUUUCUAAAGGAACCAGUGAAUAUUUCAAAACCGCAGACACGCGUCUAUACUUCCUGGUCAUCUGUAUCUGUACUCGCACUGGCCCUGCUGCACCCACUCCUGGGUUUCUGAACUCCCCAGCAAGAGCCAGGAGUUUGAGGUUAAGUGAAUUGUUUUUCCCUUAUAGCUGCAUGAAUAACUCCUCCUAUUAUUAACCCUACAGACUACAGCUGUGAUGAGAAUCAGUUUAUUCAGAGCAGAUUUACCAAGGGUCUGGUUAUUCAUAUUUUUCUCCCACUUGUAUGUUUCUGAGUGUGUUAAAUCUUUUAAGUUUUAGUUUUGUUCUGUUUAAGAUUUUACAUGUUGUUGUUGUU